UGUUGUCACUAGACUGGAUGUAUAGGCCGGCCAUCUUGCUUAUGCUGUGCAUGAUCCGCCCUGCUUGUUGCGGAAGCGGUAUUUUCAGCGGGGCCUAAGGAAGAAUUGGCGCUGAUGUGAAGGGGGAACUUGGGAAGCGAGUGCUGCAUGGGCAGCCCCAACAACUGACGCUGGGUUUAGAGUCGCUGUGAAAAUGUACUCUGAAUGGCGGACGCUGCACUUGGUCCUUAAGAAUGAUCAGGGCCACACCAGCGUGUUGCACAGCUACCCAGAGAGCGUGGGCCGUGACGUGGCUAAUGCAGUGGUGCGACCACUGGGGCAGGCUCUCAGCGCCCCCUCCACAGCAGCAAGUGAAAGCAUAUUAAAAACAGAUAAAGAGGUGAAAUGGACCAUGGAGGUGAUUUGUUAUGGGCUUACCCUGCCGCUGGAGGGGGACACCGUAAAAUACUGUGUGGAUGUUUACACAGAUUGGAUGAUGGCUCUUGUCAGCCACAAGGACUCUAUUCCUCAGCCGGUUUUGAGAGAACCAAACAUGUAUACCCAGAUCAUUCUCAAGCACCUCCAGAAUGUCUUUGUGCCAAGGCCGGACCAGAUGAUGAGCCAGAUCCGCCUGUGUCUGCAGGUUCUGCGGGCUGUACAGAAGCUUGCCCGCGAUUCUCUCCUCAUAGCCCGAGAGACAUGGGAGGUCCUGCUUUUGUUCCUCCUCCAGAUAAACGACACCCUCCUCGCUGCUCCCACUGUGGCUGCGGGCAUAGCCGACAACCUGGCUGAAAAGCUGAUAGGGGUCCUUUUUGAGGUUUGGCUGUUGGCUUGCACUCGAUGCUUUCCUACACCUCCUUAUUGGAAAACUGCCAAAGAAAUGGUGGCUAACUGGCGUCACCACCCGGCCGUGGUGGAACAGUGGAGUAAAGCUAUCUGUGCACUGACGUCCAGGUUGCUAAGGUUUUCCUACGGCCCUUCGUUUCCUCCAUUUAAAGUUCCAGAGGAAGAUGCCAGUCUGAUCCCAGGAGAGAUGGAUAAUGAAUGUGUCACCCAAACUUGGUUCCGGUUCCUUCACAUGCUGAGCAAUCCAGUGGAUUUAAGCAACCCCAGUAUCAUUGGCACAACACCUAAAUUUCAGGAGCAGUUCCUGAAUGGCAAUGGGGCUUCCCAGGAGAUAAAUCAGUACGCUUGCCUGAAGCAGCUGCCUCAUAUCUUCUUCAAAGCGAUGCGCGGGGUUAGUUGCCUUGUGGAUGCUUUCCUAGGCGUUGCAGUCAAUAAGAAAAUUGGGUUGGAAAGAAUGCCCAAAUAUGGCAUCUCGCGUCCCAGGGCCGACAGUGCUCCGCCGACCCCAGUGAACAGGCUAAGCAUGCCUCAGAACGCCUCCACCAACACUACGCCGCCGCACAGCCGAAGGCACCGCGCAGUCACUGUGAAUAAGACCACCGUAAAAACCAGCACGUCCGUCACAGCACAUGGAGCAAAGGUGCAGCACCAACCGUCUUCCACCUCUCCCCUCUCCAGCCCCAACCAAACGAGCUCCGAGCCCCGACCUCUCCCAGCCCCUAUGAGGCCCAAAGUCAAUAGCAUCCUAAAUCUGUUCGGUUCAUGGCUGUUUGAUGCAGCUUUGGUUCACUGCAGACUGCAGAACGGAGUCAAUCGAGACAGCAGCAUGACGGCAAUGACCACCCAGGCCGCCGUGGAGUUUCGGCGCAAAGGCUCCCAAAUGUCUACGGACACCAUGGUUUCCAGCACCGUGUUCGAAGCGGCAGACUUCCCGGAGAAUUACGAGGCAGGAAGGGCCGAGGCCUGCGGGACCCUGUGUAGGAUAUUCUGUAGCAAGAAAACGGGAGAGGAAAUCCUGCCUGCCUAUCUGUCCAGGUUUUAUAUGGUCUUAGUCCAAGGUCUUCAGAUUGGAGACUUUAUCUGCCACCCCGUGCUAGCAAGCAUCAUCCUGAACUCUCCGCCCCUUUUCUGCUGUGACCUCAAGGGGAUCAACGUUGUGGUUCCUUACUUCAUCUCUGCACUUGAAACCAUUUUGCCAGACAGGGAACUUUCAAAGUUUAAAAACUAUGUGAAUCCCAUAGAACUCAGAAGAUCCUCCAUUCACAUUUUACUUUCCUUGCUGCCUCUGCCCCACCACUUUGGCACCCUCAGGUCGGAGGUCCUACUGGAAGGAAAGUUUAGCAACGAUGACAGCUUGGGCAGCGACAAACCGGUCACCUUUCUUUCCUUAAAGCUGCGACUCGUCAAUAUACUGAUAGGAGCGCUGCAAACUGAAACGGAUCCCAACAACACACAAAUGAUUCUAGGUGCCAUGUUAAACAUUGUCCAAGAUUCAGCAUUUCUGGAGGCAACUGGCAACCAGGUAGAAAUGAUUGAAAAUAACCUAAUGAAAAGCCACAGUCGGACGAACAGCGGUAUCAGCACAGCGAGUGGCAACAGCACAGAGCCGACCACUCCGGACAGCGAGAGACCGGCGCAGGCCUUGCUGAGAGACUACGGAUACCCAGCUCUUAAUACAGAUACAGCGGCCGGCCUGCUCAUGCGCAGCAUCCACUUGGUCACCCAGAGACUCAACUCGCAGUGGAGGCCGGACAUGAGCAUCUCGCUGGCUGCCUUGGAACUGCUGUCCGGACUGGCCAAGGUAAAGGUGGGUAUAGACUCUUCAGACAGGAAGAGGGCAGUGAGUUCUGUGUGCACCUACAUCGUAUACCAGUGCUCCCGCCCGGCUCCGCAUCACUCCCGGGAUCUGCACUCCAUGAUUGUAGCUGCCUUCCAGUGCCUGUGUGUGUGGCUUACAGAGCAUCCAGACAUGUUAAAUGAAAAGGAUUGUCUAAAAGAGGUUCUAGAGAUUGUAGAACUGGGCAUAUCCGGUAGCAAGUCAAAAAAUCCUGAAAUGCAAGAGGUGCGUUACAAGGGGGAUAAGGAGCCCAACCCAGCCUCUAUGCGGGUGAAGGACGCUGCAGAAGCAACACUUACAUGUAUCAUGCAGCUGCUUGGGGCUUUCCCUCCGCCCAGCGGCCCGGCCUCGCCCUGCAGCUUGGUAAAUGAGAUGACGCUCAUCACAUACUCUAGGCUGCCCACGGUCAGCAAAUACAGCUUCCGAUACUUUGUGCUGGACAACAGUGUUAUACUGGCCAUGCUGGAGCAGCCCCUGGGCAACGAGCAAAGUAACCCCAGUCCAUCAAUCACAGUUCUGAUCCGAGGGAUGUCUGGCCGCCAUGCAUGGUCUAUGCAGCUGUGUCACCUUCCAAGAGCUGCAAGAGCCAAUCAGAGGAUGUUUAUCCCCGAGCCGAGGCCGGAGCCUAAUAACUACGUAGGCAUCAAAUACAACGUAAAGCAUCGUCCUUUCCCAGAGGAGGUGGAUAAGAUUCCCUUUGUUAAGGCCGAUCUGAGCAUCCCUGAUUUACACGAGAUUGUCAAUGAAGAGUUGGAAGAAAGGCACGAAAAGUUGAAGCACGGGAUGGCCAAACAGAUAGCUUAUGAGGCCGAGCUGGACCACCUGAAAGAGGAGGAGCUUAAAAAGAGAAGUUAUCCUGACCCUGUAACGGAGUGCAAGCCUCCCCAUCCAGCCCAGGAGUUCCAGACUGCCCGCCUGCUCCUCUCCCACUUUGGCUUCCUCUCUCUUGAAGCACUUAAAGAACCUGCAAACAGCCGCCUACCUCCUCACCUCAUUGCACUUGACUCACACAUGCCAGGAUUCUUUGAAGAUAUUGGGUACUUGGACCUAUUGCCCUGCCGCCCCUUCGAUACUGUUUUUAUCUUCUACAUGAAGGCUGGACAAAAAACAGGUCAAGAGAUCUUGAAGAAUGUAGAGUCUUCCAAAAACGUUCAGCCACAUUUCCUGGAGUUCCUGCUGUCCUUGGGCUGGCCCGUGGAUGUCGGGAAGCACCCAGGCUGGACAGGCCAUGUUUCUACCAGUUGGUCCAUCAACUGCAGUGGUGAGAAUGAGCAACACGAGCAAGAGGAAGCACCUUCGGUAGAUGACACAGGAGGGAGCAUAUUUAACGGGGAAAAGAAAGUUCUCUACUAUGCGGAUGCCCUGACUGAGAUCGCCUUUGUUGUUCCGUCAGCUGUGGAUGCUCAAAGCGACUCUGUGGAAAAUAACACCUCGGAGCUUGACGGGGACUCAAACAUGGAUCUUCUCCCAGGGAUACUGAAGCAGCCGCUCACCCUUGAGCUUUUCCCUACACACGUUGAAAAUGUCAGCUCAGCACAAAGGCAUAGUCCCACGUCGCGCACUAAGAAGCUGCCCCAGGGGCGUGUAGUCCCACCUAUGGGUCCCGAGACCAAGGUAGCAGUUGUAUGGCUGGAGCAGUACGAUGAUUUAGAAAACUUCCCUCUACCAGACCUCGCAGCAGAGACCAGCACUGGUAUAGAGACCACUACAAACAGCAGCACUUCUAUCCGCAACAGUCUGCCUGAGAAAGAGUUCCCUGUGAUUUUCAUCCACCCUUUGUACACCGGCCUCUUCCGAGUUAAAGUGCACGGAGCCUCUGGGAAAUUCAACAUGGUGAUCCCUCUGGUAGAUGGAAUGGUGGUGAGCAGAAGAGCACUUGGUUUCUUGGUCAGACAGACCGUCAUCAACAUCUGCCGGCGGAAGCGACUGGAGAGCGACUCGUACAACACCCCGCACGUGCGUCGGAAGCAGAAAAUCACCGACAUCGUCAAUAAGUACCGGAACCGGCAGCUGGAGCCGGAGUUUUACACCUCUCUCUUUCAUGACGUCGGGCUGAAGAGCUGCACCCCAUGAAUCCAGGCGCAUUCAGGCGCUGAACAAUAAGGGGCUUUGGUGGAGAUCCGUAUCCAGGGGAGCCUAUAAACCAAAUAAAUAAGAGCGGUUGCACUGUCUGUGUAGUGGAGAAGCCUCCCUAACGCAUAGGAUGCAAAAUCCAGCGUGUGAAAGGGCCCAAAGCACCACUCGCCUGUCUGUCGCAUGUGGAUCCUCAGCACAGAACAUUGUCCACUCGCAUAGCUGUCUCUCUGCAGACUCCUUACUGGGACAUUCAUUCUGUAUCACCUUCACUGCCAAGAUGUCAGCUGUGGCCCCCAGGAGAGGACGGUGCUCCGAUAAAUGGUUUGUGUGUCCCGCAAACCCGAGGUGACGCGCUGGACCAACGUACAGGGGACUCUCCUUCUAUCAGACUGGUUUUUCGGAGUCUAAACCUUCCGCUUCCAUGCGCUCUGAAACAAAAGCAGCCAAGGAGGGUUCUUGCCCCCAUUUUGUUGGACAAAUGUCACAGCCUUUAUGCAAUUUUAAUUUUUCAACACCCAGAGCUGUGCAGAAAGACACUUUUAAUUUUCCAUUGGUCGAUUUUUUUUUAGCUGGCCACAGUCGCCCAACGAGAAAUCCCACGUGGCGCUCACAGCUUACGGUCUCACGUUAUUAUUUGCAUUAAGCCAUAAAGAAACUCACCUAUCAGCAUGGCUAUUUAUUCCUGGGUCUGAAUGGGAAGGGGCUAAACUGUUCUAUCUGCUUGUUCUGAUGACUUCUACUCUGGGAGACCCUGGUCCUGUUUAUUCUUAACUAGGCCACACCUUCUGUGGAGGGAGGGGCUUAUCAAAUGGUCAGCUGUUAUUUUUAUAUAUUCAUCAUCAGGUUUAUUUCUUCUCAGUUUCGUAUUUAUUGUUUAAGUUAGCACAGGUAUUUAAUGUCUUUUUGUUAUUGUGUAGCCUAGCUAAUCACUAUGGCAUCUCCCGACAAGCGCACUAUUAAUUACACUUUCUGCCUGACUAAGGGUAACGGAACAUGCUCCCUUCUGUUGCAAGCGACAAAACGUCGGAAAAUGCUCUUCCGUUGGAAUCGCCACCAGUAAAACACUCAAAA